AUGAGCAACCUGCUGCUUAUAUUCCCCUCUCUGUCUCGCUCUCCCUGGCGGCCAUCACAACAACAGCAGCAGCAGCCAACACACCCUCCACCGCCGAUGCAGCAGCAGCAGAGACUGCACCACCGCCACCACUUGCUGCUGAACACAUUCCCCAACCAACCAACAAACAACCCAUCGCCCACUGCUGCUGGCAGAAGCUGGCUGUUUGCAGCUGGGAACAGGUGGCGACAGCACAAGUUGCAUUUUCAGCUGGAAGCAGCAGCAGCAGAGGUGAUGCACACGCGCAAGCAGGAUGAGGGAAAUGUCGAGGAUAUUUGUCACGCGUACCAGCUGCACUCGCCUCACACAUGGCAUCGGCGACUGUGUGAGGAUCGUUUGAGGAUGAUGGGCGAUGCACACAUGAUGGAUUGGAGGAGCAGCUGCGGACACACACGUCCAUGGUCAUGGCGGGCACAUCCAACCACAGCGACGCAAUCAUGUGCAGGUCUUCGCUGUCACCGCCACCACCACCAUCACCAUCGACUGCACAGCCGCCAUCACACCCAGCUGACACCAGCCUCAAUCUGGCGUGAGGCAGACAAUGCACAUGUCAGUCGCUCUGACGAAGAGGAGGCGCAUGAAGCGGUGGAACCAACGACGAUGACGGUGACGGGUGAUGGAGGCCAUGCAUCGUCUCCAUCCAACCGACCGGCCAAGCAGCCGAGCGAGCGAGCAAAUGGACACGGCCAGUACCAGCAACAGCUGAUGUGUGGCUGCAUUGUGGAUGAACUGGCCUUCCGUCUCUCGUCCAUCUCCACCUCGUUGUCGUCGUCACUGGUCACCAACAGCAGCGGCUGCGACCAUGGAUAUGGAGGUGGGAUGAAUGGCGGUGGUGGUGAUGUGGGCGAGUGUGAUGUGCGUCGAUGCGCCGUUGCCUCGCGUGACGACGACGACGAUGGUGGUGGUGAGUGGGCAGUGGCCGUUCUCUUCCCAAGCCCUCAUGACACGAGCAGGGCGAUACACGCACACACAAAU